CUCUGCCCGUCCCGCUGCUGCUGCUCCUCCGACUUUUCGAAACUUUUGUCCCCCAGAGGCAGCUGCAGACGGAGGAGCCAACUCAGGUAAACCCACGUCCCUUCAGCGACCCGCGCUGGGAGGAGCGGGGCAGAGGUGCAGGUGAGGACGACUCCGAGUGCCGCGUCAGGACCUGAGCAACAGUGCUCGGGUUUUUAAGACAAGUCCAUUACAACGUUGUACACUUGCUUUUGCGUUCCAGCCUUUCAGUGUUUUAGUAUUUUCAUUAUAAACUUGCUAUGCUGAAAGCAGAGUGAAGAAUUUACAUGUUUUUUCCACGGGUAACUUGGAAGUCUGCUUUGUAGCCUUAUGUAUUGACCUCCCUAAUAAAUUCAUCUAGGAAAAUUGUAAAACUGAUAUUAUUCAGUAUUUUUAAGAAGGCUGUAUUAUUUGAGGGUGUAAACUUCUUUCCUUCGAAGUCUUGUUACUUUAGCAAAGAAAUACUGGAUAUCAGUAUUAACAGAGAACUUAUCCUCGAUGUAAGUUCUCUGUAAGGAGUUUCAAGUAGGCUGUGUAGUGCCGCUUAAAUUGAACUAUAGAAUAUGUUUUACUGAGGACUAUAUCACUGUCUGCUUUUAUAGAGAGAGACAUAAAAUGACCUUCAGUUUUAUAGCUUGUAAAAUGGCUUUAAUGAAAUAUCUGUAGUGUUUAUGAUGUGCAAGUGUUUUGAGAUGCUGAUGUCUCACUGUCUCUCUCAGUCUCCUGUAAAUAAGCAGUAACUCAACAAGGUUCAGUAAAAGUACCGGAUGGAUAAGGCUGACAGGACAAUUUCACUCCAGUGCCUCUAACAUUUGAUUGAUUUAUUAAUGAUAGAAAGCGCAGAAAUGGCCAUUGGCUUGGGCAGCCAUUGGAUGCAGUGACCUCGAAUAGUGAGUUGCUUUUUAACUGGUGCAUAAAACGCUGUCCAUAGCACCCAUAGUACACAGGCUGUACUGGGUUAUGAGAAACUGCGGUAUAGCUGGAAAAACUCUUCUCUUCAGAUUUGCUUUAAAUGUGGGUGCUGCAAGCCUGUAAUCAGUGGUUCUGAGGAAGAAAAACACCCUUCCCUUCUCCCAAGAUAACUAUGUUUGUGUUAUCUGGCUGCAAGCAGAUUUGAAGCUAUUAACGGUUUUUAUUACCUUUCAAAUCGUUGAUCACUUGAAUGCAUUUCAUGUUUUAAGACUGCCUCCCUGUGAGUUGAGUUAAAGCUCCCGUGAAAGUGAAAAAGAACAGCUUUGUGUUGAAGUGAUCACAGAGAUAUUUUCCAGAUCUUAGUCCUUGUCAGUAGCCUGUUGUCUGCUCUCUGUACAAGCUGUCGGCGUGUACGAAUAAAGUCAACACAAGUGCAAACAGUGCUAACCUUCCUGAUUUGAGGGGACGUGGCUCUUGUUGCACACGGAACUUGAGUGUGACUAGUGGGGAAUUCAGUGUGAUAGACUUUGGAGCAGGGAUAAGUCCCAGCACCCAUCCUGUUUUGUUCACCUGAGCAUUGUUCCUCCUUCAGUCACAGCCUAAACUGGGAAUGCCUGUGCUAAAUCACGAAGGGGUUGAGCAGCAGGAGGAUGAGCUGGUCAGGCCAGUGGUGGUGGUCUGAUUCAGUAAAGUAAAAUGAAUCAGACCACCACUAAGUGUUGUCAUCUUGUUUGCUAAAAAAAUCACAUGUGCUUAGGGUGUUCAGACAAUACUGCAUCUCUCUGUGUUGGGAAGUAAGCAGUCUGUCAGCCUCCCUGGAUGCAGGACAAAAAGUCAGGGAUCUCAGCUCAGUUCAUGCUCCUCCUGACAUGUGAGCAGCCACGUGAAUGACAGGGGCUCAUCUGGAACCCAGCAGCCAGAUUGAAGUCCUUUGGACAAAGAGUUUAUCUACUCAUGUGCAAAUAUAGCCUAAGCUGGUUCAAUAAAUGAAAAGGGCACCUGUGAUGGCUGUGUCAGCUCCUGCCAAAUCCUGGAAGGACCAAAUCUUCGGUUUCUGGAGCAAGCUCACGCAAGGUCAUCCAGCUGGAGCUAAAACUGUAUUGUCAGGAUAAGCUGGAUUCAGGCUGGGAUGUGUAACUGGCACUGCUUCAGCAGCUGUGCUGGGUGAUCUCUCUGAUGAGGUGGGGUUUUUGGUCUCUUACCCUGGAUGUUUUUGAAGAACUUGUCACUUCAGCACUGCCCACAGCUGUAACGGCACAUAGCCACAAGAGUGUGACUGUUGGGCAGCAUCUCGCAUCAGCAUUUGCCUGGAACUGAACAAAGAGAGGGAGGUGAGUGAUGCCUGUGGGCAGAGGAAACUGGGAUUCACUGAAAGCCCCAGGUGUCCUCUGUGGUAUACAGUUCACAUCCACAGCUGACUGUUCAACCAGUCAUGCUGGAGAAUGUCUGGUGUUAGGCUUUCCUACAUCCAGCUACCUGGACACUUGGAGAUAUUUGUGUGGUCAGAGAGGUUCAAAAAAAGCUCCAGGCUUUGGUCUGUAUGUCCACAGUGCAGGGCAGUGACAUGAUUGAGUGUGAAGGGUGUGAGAAAUUAUCCUGCUCCUCUCACAGGAAAGAUGUCUAUAUGUCUUUAUGGAAGGGGUGAAGUUUUUUGGCAGCUGACAACUUUGACAAACCUGACCAUCCUUCUAUUGCACUGCACACAGGGGAGUUGGGAAGAACUUGGUCUUUCAAGAGAAAUCACAGUGCUUCUCUUUCCAGCUGGGAAGGUGUAAUGUAAGUUGAUGUGUCCAGUGUUGUUACUGGGAGGUGCUCAGAGUGCUGAGCACAGAUUAGGACCCAAGUAAGAAACAGUGCUAGUGAGCUGUGUAUAAUGGGGCACGUGUGGGAUCAGGACCAGAAGAGGGCUGCUGGCAUGGUUGAGUUUACAGCUUUCCAUUCUGCCUCUGGCCAGCUUUACAAGUGUGAAAAUCAGCUCUAAAACCAGCCAAUAUUUUUCAACGAGUUAGCCUGCUUCCUAGGCAGAGGCUCUGGCAAUACCUUUCUCUAGUUCUUCUGAACUCACUGCAAACUCAGGCACAAAACCCAAACAUGCACUCUCUGGAAACCCAUGUCUCCCAGCAGUGCUGCCCGGAGCUUUGUGUGCAGAGAGCAGUUUCUGCUGCUUCAUAGGCCCUUUUCGCUCUUGGGAAUGUCAUCUCUGGGGAUCCAAAACCUCUCUAGGGGCAGGCAGUGCAGGUACAACUCUAAUGAGGUCAUUGGGCUCAACUGGCUUUUAAUCCUUUGGGUAUACACUAUACAUGGCUGUUUGCAUAGCGAGGGAGAUUUUGUUCUUGAACUGUCACCCCAGCCAAAGUCGGGCAUCACACAGAAGUCUGUAUGUAUUAUGUCAACACAGUUACCUUUGUCAGCCAAAUGCAAACUCUAAGAAGAAAUACUAGAUCCAUUUGACAAGCCCUCCAGCCAGAAAACUGUGUUGACUAACAGGAGUUGUGUUUCCAUCCCUGAGCUGGCCGCUCCCUGCCCUGCUGAGAGCACGGGCAGGGUGAGCAGCCUGCACUGCCCGGGUCAGCCGUUUGCCCUCUGGAAAUGCUGGCACUGUGCUAAGUUUUUGUUUGCUUGAGCAGGGCUUUUUAUUUAUUAUCCCAAGACUUCUGGAACUUCCUGGCUGGCCUGGGACAGGCUUCUGGUUUGUUUUUUUUUUAAAGUCAAUGUUAGGAAUUUGGGUAAGCUCCUUCAUAGGCUCUGAGUUCAGGUUUUCUCAUUACAGAUGUGAAGGAUGGUUAGCAGAUGGUGUUGGGGAUCUUCCCAACUCACUUCUCAGAGAAUUUUGCUAUAGCUGAGAUUUAGGUCAUCCAUAUUUGCAAAGAUAAAAGUAAUGCUUAUACUUUCUGCAUCAUCUAUAUCAGGAUACUUUCACUGUACUUUUUUAGCACCAAUCCUAAUGUAUUGAUAGACUGUUGCUUUUUUCCUGACAGACCUAUUGCCUCUAGGUUUUUAAAUAUCUUUUAACUUUCUUCAUAAAAUGUAUUGAAAUCUAUAAAAUUGGCUCUAAUUUCAUAGUAGAUUUAUUUUUUACCUUUUUAAAAAAAAAAUGGCUCUUGUCUUAAAAAUAUCUAUUUUAAACCAAAUAAUUUCUAAAAAAUAUACUGUUGCUUUUCUUGGUGGGAAAGAGGGCUCUACUAAAGCAUCUUUAAACAUCCUCCAAUAAGCAUUGUCACACUUACUUAUAUUUAGAUGUUUUCUCUCAGUUAUUUUUGUGUCUGGUUCUUUCUAGUUUUGUGAAACUGACCUUUAGGAGAUGUUUUGGACCAUGUUCUGUUUCCUUACCUCAGAUGUAGCUGGGAAUUGUGAUUGGUUUUCUUCCAGCUACUGCAGGAUUUCCUAGUCCUAGAAAGCUAUCUAUUAUAUGUAGGUGUUGAGAUUUAUUUUUUUAAAUGUUUUUUUAGCACCACAAACCCUUCAGCAUCUGCCAUAAGCCUGAAAUUACAUCUCUUCUUGCUGUACGUUGUGGGUAGAUGCUUCAGGAGCUGCUCAUCUGUUCCACUGAUUCACUUGUCUACAGCAAACUCCUACCAGUGCCGCUGAUGCACCCAGCCCAUGGCCCCUGAAAUGAGGGGGGCCCUGCCGCAGGUGGCUGGGCUUUGUGGGGGGCUCUGCUGGGGGGAGCAGGCUGUGUGUUGGGUAAACAGUAAGAAGGUUGCCAGCACCCCAGGGUCUCCCCUUCCCCACGUGCUGGGUUCUGCGAUGUGGAAGGGUGGCACCCAGCACCCCCUUGCCCUUCAGCAGGAAUGGGCACCUGUGACAUCAGAGGGGUGAGCUGCUGACAGAUGUCUCUGCUCUUGAGGGGGGGCUGUCCACGUUGCUUCUAGCUUUGUUACUGAUGCAGCAACUGCUGGGUGAUGAAUUUGCCAUAUCAAGCUGGCCCCCUGUGCCCCGACCAUGGGAAUGGUACCUGCAGCGUUAGGGCUGCAGAGAAGCCUGGCUGGGGCUGGGGCCCAGCACAGUGAGGGCAUGGGCUGUAGGGCUGGUGCAGAGAAGUUGAGAGUGAUCUCUUGGAGGGUGUGGUGGGCUCUGGGAGCAGGGGGGGUGGAUCUGUCCCUCUGCUGCAGCCCCCUGCUCCUGUGGCUCUGCAGGUGGGUGCUGGAGUGGGGCUGCUGGCUGCGGGAGGUGGGAGAAGUGGGAGUGACAGUGGGAUGAAACCUGUGAGAAAAUCAAUUUGGAUUAAGGUGAAGUGCGAACUUUGAGUGCAGUAGGAGCAUAAAGUGGAGAACAGUCAUGACCAGUCUUUUCCUAGAAGAUGCCUUGCACAGUGAGACACAGAGUCAGGGCAUUUGUUUGGGCUGUGUUGGAGCCACAGGCACAGCCCCAUGGCCAAACUGAUCUGGAGAGGUCUCUGAUGGCAUCACCUUCACAUUGACCUGCUCCUGCACUGGUGAGGGUUCAGGCUGGAUUCCCAUCCAGGUCCUGGCACAUCCCUCCUUCCAGCAGUGCUGCUCUGGGCUCCUGGGCUGUGUCCAGAGUGCCAAGGGGGAGGCUCAGCCACUGUCUUGUCUUGCUCCAAGUGGCAUUUGUGGUCCCAUGCUGUGCUGCUCCCAUGCUGUGCUCCCAGAGCUCCGGAGGAAGCGGCAGCUCGCUCAGGCAUGAGCAGCUCCUAAGUUGCUUUGUAGCACAGUAGCUUCAGAAAUAUUUCUAAAUUGGUCCUUCGUGCAGCUCCAUUGGGGUUCCCAAGGGAAUUCCAUCCCAUCAACUCUGUGAGGUCAAAGCUUCCAAUAUUUGGGUUUGGGUUUGUUUGGUUUUUUUAUUUUCUAUUUUUUUUCCAGGGAAAAAAGUCUUUAUGUAGAUGUGAGUAUUUUUAGGAACGCUGGAUCUCAGGAGCCCCUUUGUGAAACUGUGUAACUCCCUGCAGAAAUUUCUGCUCCUCCCACUCAUUUGCUCCUCCCCCUCCCACUCCCAAACCCCGGGUUGGAGCAGGACUUGAACACAGCGCUGUAAGUCAUGGAUGUGUGGCUGGGGAAUGGAGUUGAAACACUGUUAGUCACUCAGUAAGUCAGCGGUGCUCAGCAUGCACUUCAGGUGUACCAGUGGUUUGGGAGCCAGAUGGUUUGUGGUCAAGUGAUAAAUCCGUGAUUUGAGAGGAUUUGUCGUGGUUUGAUGCUGGCCCAAUGCCAGGCACCCACGAGAGUCUUUUCCUCACCCUCCCCUGCUACAGCUGGGCAGUGGAGAGGGGAAAAAAAAAGAAAUUGACAAAUGUCUCAUGAGUGAGAUAAAGACCGGGAAAAACACUUAAAGGACAAAACAGGCUCAAUUUAUGGUUGCAAAGUGAAUUUAUCACUAACAGAAUCAGAGGAGGAUAAUGAGAAGUAAAAUAAGCCCCUAAAACACUGCUUCCCCCAGCCCCUCAUUCCUUCCAACCAACAGUGCAGGGAGACAGGGCAUGGGGGUUUUGGUCAGCUCAUCAUCAAGAUGAUCUUCUGCUGCUCAGGGAGAGGAAUCCUUCCUCUGUGAGACUGUGAGGUUGCUCGCACAGGCGACAGUUCUCCAUGAACUUCUCUGGCGUGGGUCCACUUUCAUGAGCAGCAGCCCUACCACACCUGCUGCAACGUGAACUCCCCCUUUGGGCAGACAGUGCUCCCAAAACUGCUGUGGCAUGGCUCUCUCUUUCCAUGAGGUGCUGUCCUCCAAGGACAGGCUGCUCCAACCUGGAAGCAGGGCCCUCUUUCUCCACCAGGUCUCCCACUGGAUCACAGCCUCCUCCAGGCAUCCACCUGCUCUGGCAUGGGCACCUUCCUCCAGGGGCUGCAGGUGGAUCUUUGCAUCCCCCAGGGAUCCCCCUGGGCUGUGAGUGGAUGUCUGCAUCCCCCAGGGAUCCCCCUGGGCUGUGGGUGGAUCUCUGCAUCCCCCAGGGAUCCCCCUGGGCUGUGGGUGGAUCUCUGCAUCCCCCAGGGAUCCCCCUGGGCUGGAUCCCCCCCAUCUUCACUGAUCUUCACCAUGGUCUUUACCACGGCCUUCAGAGGAAUCUGGGCUCUGGCGCCUGGAGCACCUCCUCCCUCUCUGUCUCCAUGUUGUUUUCCCUCGCAUGUUCUCACCUUCUCCUCUGACUAGAAGCAAAACCUGUGACUUUGUUUUGAUUUCCUUCUUGAUUAUGUCAUCCCAGAGGCAUUACCAACCUCUCUUAUUGGCCCAGCCUUGGCCAGUAGCAUCUUCAAAGCCAUCAGAGAUUGGCUCUGCUGGACAUGGUGGAAGCUUCCAGGAGCUUUUCACAGGAGCCAUCUUUGUGGCUCCCCUGCUACCAAAAACCAGGCCGUGCAAAACCAGUACACCAAUGAAUCAGGUUUCCACUAGCAACAGUAAUUCUGUCAUUUCUGAACUCAAGAUUAUUUGUAUUUGCUGUGUUUGACAAAAGUUCUGUUACACACGUAGGUCUCUAUACAGUUGAAAUUAGUUGAAACAAAACUCCUGUUAUUAGGCAGAUUUGUGUCUUGUAUCAUGUAAAAUAACACCUUGCCUCCCCAGAUGGCCACCCUGUGGACAAGAGAGCAAGCCAUGUUCAGCACAGUGCUGAGCUCCCAUUCUCCCCUUCUCAAUCCCUCCUAGCCCUGUGCCCUUCCCUGUCACUAGCAAAGGCUCUUCUUUUCUUUUCAGCCCCAAAGAGCAUUGCUGCCCAAGGACUUGAUGUUCCUAAAAAAUCUGGAGAGCCAAGUACUGGCGUAGAUAAUGGUAAAUAAUUAAUUACCUUGCAGACAGAUCUUCAAUACAAGCUGGAACAUCUUUCAGGAAAAGGGAAGGUGGGCAUAUGCGCUCAAAGUAACUGUUCCCCGUGAUUAAUUAAAAGGCUUAGAAAGACAACUGUCAUGUCAUGGCCUAUAAAUAAAAUGGAAAUUAAUUCAGAGAUGGGUUUUGUAUGCUUUUCUCUUUUUUUCCAUUUUGUUUGCAUUUUGUUUGCUUUUGUCUCUCUGUGCAGGAUGUUUAAUUCCUUCCAAGUGUGUCCCACAGCAGAGAGCAGGGGUGGAGGAGGACAGGACAGUCCUUAGGAGAAGGCUGUGCCACAAUCCCGGGACAGUCAUUUCUGCAACAGCCCCAGUCUGAUGGGACUGCUUUUGCUGGAAGAUGUAAAAGGAAACCUGUGGUGUAGCUUUCUCAUGUGCAACUCUCAUCAUUUCUGAAAAUUGGAAUGAGGACCAGUGAGUCUAUUCUGAGAGAAGAGAUGCCUUGUGUUGAGAGACCUCAGAUCUUGCUUUGUUGAACAAUCCCCAGCAUCACCUUCAGAUGUGAUGGUGACAAAUGCUGUGGUGUCUGUAGGGGACUGAGGUCCAGCAAGCCAGGGUCCCACCUGCCCUGAAUCCCUGCUUGUCCUUUGGCAUGGAUGCAAUGCUUCUGAGCCUGGGAGAGGAGGGGGAUAAGUGGGAAUGCUAAUGGACUGGUGAGAAUCUGGCCCCAGCAGGAGUUGUGAUGGGAUGUACCAAGCACAGCAAAAGCUGUGCCCAGGGUGGGCAGUGGAAUACUCAGACUGAGCUGCACCUCUUCCCCAUGCCCAGAGGAAAGGUGGGGAGGGCUGGCAGCUCUGCCUGUUGCAGACAUUCAUGCUUUGCAGUAAGGGUAGAUGGGCUUGAGAGACCCUGGUGUUUCUAGGAGCAAACCCCAGCCUUGUGGUGCUCAGCAGGUACACAGCCUGCAGUUCCCGUGGGCUCUAUGAGCUGUAACUUAAAUGGAGUUUAACAUAUUUCAUCCUAAUCUUAGCCCAUUGUAUGGCCUUCAGAUCUCAGCUGUGAGUUUUAUUUCUGCAGAUACUGCAGUAAAAAAUAGAUCAAAUUGAAUCUUAAUGGGAUGGGUGGAAUCCACAGCAGAGUUGCAUUUGGAUGCAUUAGGAAAUGGAGCCCUGGCCUAUGCUGCCCCAGGAAAUGCUGCCUGACAACCUGGUGGGAGGGAGCAGCCUCCCCAGUGUGCCCACAGCAUGAGCCAGGAUGGGGGCACAGGGCUCCUCUGGUGGCUUUAGCACUGUCCUGCUUGUGAGGAGAUUCAGAAGGAGCAAUUUAGGAAAGUGAGAUAUUCUCCAGGUGGUCCAGGAUUUUCCAAUGGCUUGUGCAGAGUAACUAACUUUCUUUCCUAUGUUCCUAAGGUGAGGAGACUCUUCCUUUAGGUGAUCACUGCAGCUUAGGUUAUCCCUGGACUUGCAUACAAACAUGGCAUAGGAGGGUUUGUGGAAUUAACAGCACAUAGAAGGUACGACGGAGUAGAAGGCUGGAGUCCUGGUGCCUGGGUAUGGAUUUGGGCUCUGCUUUUAGGGUAGAACUACUGGCGACUGGGAGAUGAUGAUCUGUGCUCAGGGGUGGUUCUUCUGCACCCACCCAAUCCACCUGCUUGUCUCCUGCUUUCAUCUGCUGGCCAGUUGCAAUGGCAAGAGCCAUUCAGAUCUCACGGUGUCAGUUCUUUGGCCCUCAGUCCCACCUGCAGGUUGCUGAAAUACCCCUGCCCAGUCUUUUUAGUGGCUUGCAUUGGCCCUCCCAUUCUUUUAUCAGCACUUGUCUUUGGGGCUUCCGUGGGCCGAUGGAGGGUCUCUGGCUCCAGGGGAGCAAGAAGGAUCAGCAGGAAGGAUCCAGGCUUGCCUGGUGAGGGAAGAGCUGAUGGGAGCUGUGUUUUUAAGGCAUACUGAUGGAGGAGAGAGGUGUGUGAGGCUCCUUCUUGUGUCCCUGAGGGAGCAGUGAGACAGGGAUGGCAGCAUGGUGGCACUUCCCUUGUGCUGCUGUAAGUUUUUCUUGGCUGGUUUCUAGGAAAAUGGAUUAUACCACAUUCAAAAUAUUCACUACUGGAUUUAAUAAUAUUUCAAAAAUAACUUAAAUGUAUUUCUUUCAGAAGUGGUAUUCCAUGGAAAUCCUUUCUGUUUAUCUGCUGGCAUUGCCAAGCACGUACUGCAAAGCCAACAUCCAUGCCAGUCAUUGCUUUUUUAAACAGAAUGGGAGAACAAUAGCCUGUGUCAUUAGCCUGGCCCCAAGCUGUCUGAGGACAAGGGCUGUGCGUUGUGUCCCUGAAGUUGUCUGGGUCAUAUCUCUGUGCUGGCUCUGCCAGAGGUGCCUCAGGGAGCAGAGCCAGGGCUGAAUGGCUGGGCAGUCUCCCCCUGCUGCUACACCUUUGCCAGCUGAGUUUGUUCUUCAGCCUCAGUACCUCUAGAGAGAGUUCUGCAGUUUCUACAUGUCAAGGUCCCCCCUCCUCAUCUUUGAGAUGCUCUGGAACUUGCUGAAGUGUCUCAGUUGUGGAGCUGGGAAGGUGGUGGAGAAGGUUGCAGAGCUGACAGGAGCCAGCCCAAAUAACAGCAAACCCCAGGCCCUGUGAUUGAUUGCCCAGCCUUACAGCACCCCCAGGACACUCCUGUGGCUUCUCUGUGUGUUAAGGGAGGAGGUCAGAGCUGAAACUCAGAAAGAGUUUGGCCAGUGGUGCCAUGAAGAUGUGGGCAUGAGGAGCAUUAGCUUUACCUCAAGUGUAGUAAACACCCUUUCCAAUUCCUGGUACAGAGAUUGAAAGCAAGUCAUGACAACAUAGAGUAUUCCUGAAAGAGUUUCCAGUAGCAUUUGGAGAAGUCUGGAGUUGCCAAAGUUAGUAUUCCUUCUGUUCUCUCAAGCUCCUUUUUCACCUCUGCUCUUCUGACUCCUGGUGGAAGGCAGAUCGUGCUCACACUGGCAGUAUCUGUUAAUAUCUGACUGAAAAUAUCUGUCUCCUCUGAGUUUGGCACCAUUAGCUUAUUUACAAAUGGUCAGUAUGAUCUCAGCACCUCAAUAAACAGCAGUUGCAACAAUAACAGAAUUCACAGAUCGGUUUAGAUUGAAAGGGACAUUUAAAGGUCAUCUGGUCCAACCCUCCUUCAUGGAGCAAGGACAUCUUCAACCAGAUCAGGUCACUCAGAGCUCUGUCCAACCUGGCCUUGAAUAUUACAGGAAUGGGGUACCUACCACCUCUCUGGGCAGCCCGUACCAGUGCUCACCAUCCUCAUUACAAAAAACUUUUCCCUAAUAUUUAAUCUAAAUCUACGCUCUUUUAAUUUAAACCCAUUAUCCCUUGGUCCUAGUGCAACAACCCUUGGUAAAAUUUCUAUCCCCAUCUUUCUUACAGACCUCUUUAGGUACUAGGAGAUGCUGUAAAGUCUCCCUGGAACCUUCUCCAGACUGAACACCUCCAAGAAUCUCAACCUUUCCUUCAUAGGAGGGGUGUUCCAAAAUGAAGAUGAGUUGAAGAGUUAGCUGUCCUCUGCUUUCCAUCACUAGUUCUGCCUGUUUUCUUUCUGGCCUUUCCAAAAAUAUUGGCAGCAUCUCUAGAGUUUUCAGUGCUCUGCUUUGCAGGGAGAAAUUAAGCUAGAAUGAAGUAUACUGCUGCCUUUAUGUAGAAGUACGUGUUGUCAAGACAGAGAUUAUAUCUUGGCUUUUUCAAGGGAAGACUAGAAAGAAAAAAAAAAUUUUCUACUGUUCCUAUGAUAUGAGCAUUAAGUCAGUAGUGAGCUCUGCCAUUAUGGCUUGUGUCUUAAAGAGUCUUCUAACCAAAAGUGAUUAGUCAAAAUUAAUUGGACUGAGUGGAGAGCUUGCUGACAAAACACUUCAAGAGUAGGUGUAGCUGAUAGGCAGCAAAACGGUCAGACACUACAAUGUGGAUUGCAAACUCUGCCUCUGCUGUGCUCAUCCGUGGGAGUUUCUGUAGGGAAGACAGAAGUGUGGUAUGAGGAUUGCAGAAAAAUACAGGUGUGAUGGGAGAAGGAGGGGCAUGUGUGAUGGGAACAGGAGGGAUACUUGCGGUGGGAGGCUGUUGAGCAAAUCCCUGCCUCGGAAGAGGCAGUCCUGUCUGCUGAGAGUUAAUACCAUGACCAGCAGUCAGAGCAAGGAGGAGCAGCAGGAGUCACCGCUCUGCUGUCUCUGGCAAGGCACAAGUGUGCAGCUCCUGCAGAGGAUCCACCUGAAUUCCUUGCUGAGAUACAUUUGGGUGCAGAGCAGUUCAACAAACACAGCCUGCUGGAAGGUGCCCACCCUCAGGUCACUUCCCACCUAGGUUAGGAGGAUUGAACAUCUCAGCACAUGUACUGGUCUUCUGGUCCUUCAGGGAUAGAAUUAGAGAAUGCUUUGUUUUGGAAGGGAUUUUAAAGAUCAUCUCCUUCCAACCCCACUGGCGCUGGUGUUAUCCUCUUAGGAAAACAGAAUUUGUAAGACAAUGCACUCUUGUUCCUGACAGAUGCUGAUGAGCCAGUUCCUCAUGACCCAAGACCUUGCUGGGGACUUGAGAGGGCCCUGUUUUCAGAACAGCUGCAGUGAACAAAACAUUCCCUGCCUGCUCUAGACUCAUGGAAAGGUGAGGCAAUGCUGUCUGCCAGCACCUUGCUCGAAGUCCUUCCAAAAAGCAAGUGAGGACAGAGAAGCCAGGAACUGACUUGAGGGAAAACCUGGAUGGGAAAACCAGGGUUUCCCAUGCAAGGCAAUGAGGAAGUAAAACUGACUUGCCUAAUUAAGACAAUAGACUAAUUAGCCAAUGAGAGAAGUCUUUCCACUGUGGAUGUACCAUUGGAAGCCAUUAAUUAAAAGUCUUGCUAAAUCCCAGACUAGGCAAAGCCUUUGAUAAUAGGGAAGAGGGAGAAGUACUUAGACCUGUGUCCCCUAGCACACACAAAGCCUUCUCCAUGGAAUCUUUAAAAUAAUAAAUUUGCUUUGGAAUAAACUAUACAGAUAGGGAAACAGAGGAGCGGGGAAGCAACAAGCAGGGCUUACAAGGAGCUAGACUGUUUCUGUCUUGCUGUGGCAGCAUCUGUUCUUCCUUACUGGUAUUUUGACUCCAGUUCUCUCAUUUGUUAUUUCCUUUUUGAGACAAAUUUUUCCCAGGAGAGAUUGGAUUUCUUCUGAUUGAUCGUUAGCACUACAAAGCCAGUUGCUGCUGCUGGGCUGUUCCCAUUGCUUUGGCAGACCAGUCUUCUACAGUUUCCUCUUACCUUUAAAAGUGAUUCUUUUAAUCAUUUGUAACAAAUGUGUAAAGAUACCAAUUUUUCCUCCCAUGUGGAAUGAAGACAAAUGACCAAACUCUAACACCUUUUUCCUGGAAUAUGAUCGUGGUUUGUAAUCAAUUCUUCUAUUUUUCUCUUCCAUGUUUUUAAAUGAGUUUCAGUUCCUGGUAGUCAACAAAACUGUCUAUGGCCUGGCCUGCAAGAGAACUCUAGAGGGACUUUUUACAGGGGCUGUAGGGACAGGAGAAGGCAGAAGGACUUCAUGCUGACAGAAGGCUGGUUUAGAUGAGAUAUUAAGACAAAAUUCUUCAGUAUGAGGAUGGUGAGACACUGGCACAGGUUACCCAGAGAAGCUGUGGAUGCCCUCUCCCUGGGAUUGUUCAAGGCCAGUUUGGACUUGGGUUGGAGCAACCUGGAAUAGUGGAAGAUGUCCCUGCCUGGGGAGUUGUUGUGUCAAGCCCUUGGCCACAAGCUUUCCUUAGCUGGGCUAAAAUUGUCCCCAAACUGGAAUGGGAGGAUACAGCAUGUCAAUGAAGAGGAAGUGCUGAGCAGCCCUUUGUUGAGUUUAACCUUCUGCCAUGAACAUGUAAGACAAAUGCGUUCUAAAAUAGAAAGCUGAACAGUUAUUCUGCACUGUGUUGUUCUAGAAAAGCACUUCUUUUUUUACAGAACAGACAGAGAAGCCAAUUCCUGCUAAGCAUUCAUUUUGUAUUUGUCCUUUCACUCACCCUUGCUUCUCUAAUUCUGCUGAGACUGAUCUUUCACCAGGAAAUGAGGAAGGUGCGGGAAAUGUGCUCUGUGGGGGGGCAUAUAAAAGCGCUUGGUUGCUGACUGCAGGGUGGAUGAGGAUGCCAGCACAGGUGAGCACAUGGCACUGGCUUGCACUUCUUCAGAAACCAGUGGCCCUUUUUGUUCUGAAGGAUCUGUUUUAACUCCUGGACUUUCUUAAAAGCAGGAUUCUCAGUGUGUGCUGAAUCCUUUUUAAAGGAACUGGGUUGGAUUUGAAUUGAGAGCCCUCUAAAUACUGUAGGUAGCUGGUGGUACAGCUGUAUUUGUAGUGGCACCCUGGCUGCAAUGCCAUAGCUCUGAGCUGCCACACCAACAGGGACUGCAGGGCUUGGGAACUCCCUGUUGGGAACUAAGGCAUUGGACACAGUGUGUGUUGUGUCUCUGUAGGGUAUUGAGUGUCCGUCCUGUUCUCCCACUGUGCUGAGUGGUCCUUGGUGGCAGGAGAGUGCGGGAAAACAGAGUGGAAUCAGGAGAGAGAAUGACUCCAGUCAUCCUAGAGCUCAAAGUAGAAUUGGAAAAUCUUCAAGAUCCUUGAGUCCUACAUUGACCAUAACACUGCCAGGUCCAUCAUUAAUCCUGUCCUUAAGUGUCACAUCUACACAUUUUUUUAACAUUUCCAUCAGCCUCCUUGUCCUUCUUUGGACACAAAUCACUUGAACAUUACUUGAACAAAUACUUGAACAGCUCUGCUCUAAUCAGAAGAUAUAUUUUGCAGUCAUGCUAAAACAAGACUGUAUAAAGGUCUUCUGAUUCUGGACCUUUUGGCCUGGCUAGUGCCGACUUUAAAGGUGAGGUAUCUGCUGAAGUGGCAUUGAAGUGGCACAGGAAUAGAACAGGGGAAGCUGUUGUGGAAGUUCCCUGCAGUGUUGGUAAAAGGAGAGUCUGAAGCUGAAGUGUCCUUCAGUGGCAAAAAAGAAGAAAGUAGCUUUGGCUUGUAUACAGCCCCUUUCAUAUGGCUCUGCCUGUGAUCUCUGUGGCUGUGUGCUUGUCAAGAACAGUUUUCAGUUUCCUUUUGUGGUGGGUGUGAGUGGUUAGAAAGCUCUUGUGCUGGCUUUCUGGGCAGCUGUGAACAAACCCCAAUGCUAUUGAUAUCCCUUCCACAAAACUGGGCCUGGUAAUGUUUGUCUUUCACCCUUGUGAAAGGAAGACAGAAGAUGUGAUUUCUUUAGGAUGAUGGCGAGCUGUGGACUGUAAAAAGAGCCUCCUUUCCAGGGAACUGCUGCCAGACUAAUACACUUCUGACAGACUAUGUGCUGCUUUCUCUGUCCUAGACAAGGAGAUUUUUAGAGCUGGGGUGCCUGAAAGAAGCUAAGAUGUGUUUGUGUCCAUGUUUGUGUCCUGGUUUCAGCUGGGGUGGGGUUAAUUGGAACCCAGUGCUGGGGUUUGGAUUUAGGAUCUUGAUAACACGCUGAUGUUUUAGUUGUUGCUAAGCUUGAGUUAGUGUUUACACUAACUCAAGGACUUUUCAGCUUCUCAUGCUGCCCUGCCAGCAAGGGGAGCAUAAGAAGCUAGAUGGGGCAUAGCCAGGACAGCUGACCCCAGCUGACCAAAGGGAUAUUCCAGACUCUCUGGUGUCAUGCUCAGCCUAUAAAUUAUGGGCAAAGCUGGCCAGGGGCUGCUGCUCAGGGACUGGCUGGGCAUCACUUGUCAGGUGGUGAGCAAUUGCAUUGUGCAUCACUUACUUUGCAUAUUCUAAUUCUAUUAUUUUUAUCACUUCCAUUUCUGUGCUAUUAAACUGUCUUUUUCUCAACACACAAUUUUUACCUCUCCCUCAUUCACUCUCCCAUUCCCCUGGAAGGAGAUGAGUGAGCAGCUGCGUGGUGUUCAGUUACUUGCUGAGGUAAAGCAUGACACUAUCCCAUCAUCUGGUUUACUUUAUUUCUGUCAGAAGUGCCCAGUUUGCAUUUUAAGAGCUGCAUCAGGGACAAUGCUUCUUCCUUGUGAGAAGUGCUGGUGGUAGGAUGUGAGACCUACAGAUCACCUGUCUGUGGAGCUUUAGUUUCCCCUCACAUCAUAUUAGUUUCUUUGUCUCAUUCUUUCUCCCUUCAUCUAAAAUUAUUUUAGCUUUUAAGUGCAUUUCUAAGCUGUGGAAAGCUGCUGACAUUCAGAAACUUCCAAUCUCCACCACCAAGAGCACAAUUCUUCUGCAUUUUCUAUCAAAAAGUGUAUUGUAACUCAUCAGUCCAGUAACACUUAAGUUUGCAAAUGUUUAUGGCUUGUUUAAAUAUAUUAAGUGUAUGAAUCCAAAAGGUAGAUAUCUGCUAAUGCAUCAGAUCUGUUCCUUAUGCCUCUUGUACUUCCCUGCCUUCCUCACAAUCCUGCUGUAUUAAUUUUUUCAGGGACUAACAGUGUCUGCCUGUAAUUGGGUUGUGAGCGUCUUGAGAAGCAAGAAGCCAGAUAAAAUUCAAAGCAGGACAAGGCAAUCUUCAUACAGAUUUUGAAAAUGCUGCAAGAUUGUGCAGUAAAGAGAUCAAGCACCUCUACUUUUGCCCUUCGUCUGGGUAGUAAAUGACCUACAUUAAAACAGUUUAGCAGAGCAACAAAACACAGCUAGUUUUAAGCAGCAAAAAGGCAGAAAUAGAGCAAGAAGAGUCCAAAAUUAAUUUGUGAAGCAGCAUGUUGCCUUCUGACUUAAGAUCUGUGUUCUGAAUCAUUGUUCAGAAACAUAAGCUGUUGUCCAUAUGAAUGGAUUUAUAUAGGGUUUAAAAGGAAAGGGUGAGAUCAAGUCUGGUGCUUAGGUUUGCCUGCCAUGAGUCUUCAUCUCAGUUUCCCUCUCCUGUGACACUCCCAUGGAAGUAGGCCAAGAUGGUUUCACUCUGGGAAGCAAUGUAAAGCCAAUGAGCUGGGUUUCACAGCAUGGAAAAUAUUUGCUCUCUUCUGCCAGUCUUUGUUAAUCUCUGAAUAUCUCCAUGCACAAUCUCAUCUGUCAUUACAGCUGCAUUGGAACCUGAGAGUGUGAUACCUAUUAAUUACUAACUUAAUAUUUAUUUAUUUAUAUAACUUUUAUUGUCUUUUAUCUAUGUUGAAAAACAGAUUUUUGUUUUCUAUUGUUCAAAGUCAAGUGUUUCAAAAACACACAAAACCAGCCCUGUUGGGCCAGGCACUCAUACACCAACACAAGUGUAUCAUGUGCCUUGUCAUCUUACCAAAAGUUGCAACUUCUAAAAAACAGUAAAUUGUUUUAUCAGUGAUUCUGGCAGCUCAGGCAGGGGUUUAUACGAACAGAUGCUUUAAAGGCUAAAGGGAUCACAUAAGGAUGCAUGUUUCAGUGUUGUUCUGAGACGAUGGAGAUACAGCCAGCCAAGUUGUUUGAGCUAAACAAUGGACUUUUUGCAUACUAAUUGAUAGCCUGAUGUUUUCUUGAAAUGUACUGGUUAAUAAUGAUUGCAUCACUAGGAUACCAAUAUAUCAGAGAGUCAUAUAAUCGUUUAGGUUGGAAGAGACCUCCAAGAUUCUACCAUUAACCCAGCACUGCCAUCUUCAUCACUUAACCACAUCCUAAAUGCCACAUCUACAUGUCUUCUAAAUCCCUGACAGGAUAAUGACUUUACUAUGUCCCUGGGCAGUGUGUUCCAAAGGUUGGCCACCCUUUUGGUAAAGAAAUUUUUCAUAAUAUUCAAUCUAAACCUACCCUGGAGCAACUUGAGGCCAUUUCCUCUUGUCCGUUGCUUCUUACCUGGGAAAAGAGCCUGACCCCCACCUGGGUACAACCUCUUUUCAGGCAGUUGUAGAGAGUGAUAAGGUCCCCACUAAGCCUCUUUUUCUCUGGGAUAAACAUCCUCAGCUCCCUCAGCUGCUCCUCAUCAGACUUGUGCUCCAGACCCUUCCCCAGCUCCAUUGUCCUUCUCUGGACACACUUCAGCCCCUCAAUGUCCUUGUGAGCGGCCCAAAACUGAACUCAGCAUUCCAGGUGUGUGCCUGACCAGUGCCCAGCAUUGGGACAAUCGCUGUCCCAUGACUCCAGCUUAUGGCUUUAUCUAAUUCAUGUUUGAUUUAGAUUCUAAUUUUUCACACCAUUCAGAAAAAAAGGUUUCAAACAAGCAAAUGCUCUUAACAUACAUGUAACUUCAUCUCUUGCUCUGAGUAGAGGAAAGGAGUAUAAUAGGGAGCAGGUGUUGCUUCUCCCAGCAUUAUACAUACUUGACUGUGAUGCUUCUUUUAGAAAUGUUUCCUUCUUCAAAGAGCCAAGUAAAAACUGUCAUCUUGAAAACGAUGACCAAUUAAGAAACUGCAGCAUGGAAAUUUCAGGAGAGGGAAUGGCAUAUGACCCUUAUAAAGUGCUGUAGGCAGUGUGGAGAGCAAACAUCUGUAUUUGGUUCCUGGCAAUAUCUUUAAAAAUUAAAAUAUGAAGUAGCCCAAGAGGAGCUGGUUAUAGAGCUCUGUACAUCAUCAGUGCUGUAGUCUGGUUUUUCUCCAACACCUUCAAGCCUGAACUUUGGAAGAACAUCAGUUUAAAAAGUACAUUUUAAUUUCACAGUGGUUAAAAAGGUAUUAUUUCUUGACAAAAGUGUAUCUGGCCAAAUUUUAAAGACUUUUUUCUCUUCUUCCGUAGCUAAUUUUGGUUAAGAUCUGCUUUGCAACAAGGCCAGUAAAGCCAAAGCUUUUUUACUUCUGAACAUGGAGAAAGGUACUGCAGAUUUAUUGGCGAGGCUGGAUGUAUUUUAUUAACACCACGAUGGGGAAGUCUGAUUCUGAUUUAUUUGCAGAAAUUUCACAAUUUGGCAGUGCCGUCUGGCAGACUUCCUCUUGAUCUUUAAUUGACUGAAUAUUAGGAUUGGCCUGAAUAAAAGUCUUAUUUGAAUGGGAACUUCAGCUAGAACCUGUGAACAUUUUUGAGAACCUGAGGCACACAGGUAAAUGUUAAAGCCUUUAGAGGAAACCAGUAGUUCCCGAUCAAUGCAGUUAGUGUUCUAAUUCACGUAUCUGUUAGAAAUAGAACUUUUCCAAAAGCUUCUCUCUAAAUUUAAAUGGACUGUUUAUAGCAACCAGCCAGUAAUACAAUAUACUGAGCAAAAUGUGCUGAGCAUCUGAAGCAAACAGGCUUAUUAAGCCAUGAAUAAAUCAUUGGUUCAAAUCAACUUGCACUAACGAUGGUGCCCAUUUAAAGAAGACGUACCUCGUAAUUCAUAGCGUUUCAGAAUUUAUAAUAAUAAUUACAGUAUUAAUCACCAGGAGGCAAUGUUUCUUUCCCUUGGUGGCAGAGGAAACCUUAGUAAUGUAGGGCUUCUCCUUCUCUAGAUAUAAGACUCUAAUUUCCCCAUGAAAAUCCUAUCAGACAUGUGCUAUUGUAUGGGAUUAUUCCCCUCUACCAAAUGGGGAAAGCAGAGAAAGAUGACAAAUUUGGCCUUGUAUAUUUUUUUAGGAAGUGAAUGUCUUCGACUCUUAAUUUCUGGACUAUGGGGAAUUGUCAUGUCCAGAUUUGGGUUUUGAUGUUUAAAAUUGGAACAAAAAGGCAAAAUUCACUUCAGACUGGAGGUCGAUUGCAGCUUGUCAAAACACUAUUACAGCUGAAAAAUGUAAAUGUGCAUAUAAGGUAAAAUGGAACUUUUCCAUGAGGCAGCUCCUUCUGGCAGUGGUGGUACGGGGCACGGCACCAGAUGACCCUCAGGUCUGCUUUGAUGUGGCUGUUCUUGGGCUCAGAGCAUUCAUCAACCCUUUGGUCUCCAUGAGGUGUGAGAAAACACUACCUUAACUGACCUCUGUGCAUUUAUUCAGUGUGGCAAAUACUGACCUUAUUUACCUGGCUUUCUGAAAACUUUGCUUCUAGCAGCAUUCAGAAAGCCCAAGGCAUUUUUUAUAGAGAGACCUGAAAAUUCAGGGUACUGAACCAAAAUGAAAACAGUCAAAAUGGAAGCUUUCUACAGCUCCGUGUAUUGCAGCCUCUUGCAUUAGUGCUCCAUAUGAUUUCUGGGGAAACUUUUUAUUUAUUAUAUCAGACAUAACUAUGUGAAUUCAGACACUUCAGAUGUAUACAAGUAUAUUCCCAAUCAAGAGGAAGAAUUUUAAGUUACUUUAUGAGUGGGUACUUUCUGCAGGUUUGUUUUCUUUUUUUUUUUUUUUGUGGUGCUUGAUGCUCUUUAUCCUCCUAAAACUUGAAAACAGGACAGUUAAUGCUGUGGGAUGGGAUGAGAUGGAGUUUGAAGAAUGGAAAAGCACCAGAAACAAUUUCUUAUAAGGUUACCUAUAAUCCCCUGCUAAAUCCAUCCUUCAGAAGCAUUUUGAAAGGAAUGGUGCUGAUGUUGUUGCCACAGAAGCAGUGUGAGUGUUCAUGCUUCCUUCAGUACACCAGGAUCAGCCCUGUUGGGAAUGUCCCUUCCCAUAAAAGGGGAAGGAGGGAAUUUACCCUUGAGACUUGUCAGUAGUGGGAAGGGAAGUACCAAGUGGGUUAGUUUUCCCACCACAUCAGGUUUCCCACUGCACUCACUUUUCCUAUUUUUCAUUGAAAAAUAGAAGAAAGCAUCAAGGGAGAGGGGUAGAAAUGAGAAAGAGAGGAAUGGUAAGGAUUCCCUUGUCUGUGGGAUGUGGAUUUAUGAGUCUCAUAAAAUGCUUUUCUGCUUUUCCUAGUGAGAAAUAAUCAUCCAAUUCUGUUAUCUUUAAGAGCAUGAUGAUUUAUGCUCUCGGAAUGAGUCCUCUUUCAAGUUUUCCACAUCUUUUCAGUGCCUCAACAAUGUCUUGGGGAGAUUUCUUUUUCCCAAGAAAGGAUGGACCAGAUGAUCCUUAGGGCCCCUUUCCAGCCUGGUUUUCUAUGAUUCUGUGAUAAAGUAUGCUUGAUUUUUGUUAUUUUUUUUCCACAUGGAGUUGUGUGGUGUUCUGCAUUAAGGCCUCUGCAAUUGUGUCUCUGGGAAAUGUGUGUAGAUAGAUGAUCAUUCACAUGAUACUCUGUGCCAGAGUCAAAAUCUGUGUAAUUAUCUAAACAACUGCAUACCCUAAGUGCUACAGAGUUGAAGAAAUUCGUGGCUUCCAACCUGGGCUUUAUGAAAUACCUAGUUUUGUGUUUGAUAUUAUGUGGGUAAUUCACAUUAUGUCAUUCAAGUUUGCAAAAUACAUCUCCAGAGUAUUGGUUCUGGGAUGGUUAGUAAUGAACAUUAAUCAUAAUUAAAAGAAUGUCAUUAUUUGAACUUUUGAAUUUGUGUCCUUUCAAUGUUUAUGUGACUGUUGCAGCAGCUGCAAAUAUUGUUGUAAACAUAUGACCACAUCCAUGGAAAGAAAUCUGUAAAUGAUCAGAAGACUACUAAAGUAGGGCUUUCUUUUCCUGGACUUUAAAUGGUGUCAGCAGCAUAGUAACCUUCCCAAUGUGUUUUCCCUUUUCUUCCUAAUACAGAGAGGAGCCAGCUUUGCCUUCCUUUACAAACCCCUCUCCAUGGAUAACAAUCCAAAUUAAUCCUGAUGCCAUCUUUAUACACCAUUUGUGCAUUGCAGGAGAAUGUGUAAGUGAGGGAGGAUAAAUAUUUAGAGCAGGUACUGUUAUAGCCUGUAGCUAGUGGGUGUGGGCUGUGGACACGUCACCCCAAAACGUGUUGUAGGAUGCACUGUGGUGAGGUAAGGCACAAAGCAUCUUUCUCAUCGUGUGCCCAAAGAGGCUGGACCCAACAUCCAGGAAAUAGCAAAGUUGGGUUUCUUUCCAGAGGACUUGUUCCCAUGCAGUCUCCAGCAUGCUCACCCUGGCUCAGGCUGCGUGCACUGGACAGAGCAUUUCAAUUUCCAGCCCUGCCUGUAGGGAAAUGAAGGAGCAUUUUAGGACCUACUGCUUCUCCUUGCAGAGGUCACACUAGUUCAGUGAGAACAGGGUUUGGCUUCCCAUGACACAGCAAUCUGAGGGGAAAAAAUAUGUGAAUCCUGGCUUAAAUGGAUAAUGUGAAAUGCAGAUGUGUCAUUAUGUCUUGCUCUGCUGUCUGCAGGGGCAGGGCUGAGCCUUGUGCUUCUGCUGACAGGGGUCUUGCUUGGUUCCCAAAGUGUCAAAAGUUGAAGACAGCUGUACUUUUUGGGUCUCUAGAGAGAGUGUGCAGUGCCCCCGCCCUCUGACUUCCCCAGCAUUCCAUCCAUCCUGGUCCCCUUCCUCCCUCACAACCUGUCUCCUGGGCUUUGCCUUCAGCCCAAUCCUGUAUGAAAACAACAGAGGGAAUUGGGAGGGGCUGUCAUUUUCCUUCUGCUGUCACAUCCACCCCAGAAUGAAUCUGAGGGGGACUUAUGAGUUUAAAGUGAACAAACAGCAGUUUUAAGUAUUAUCCUGCACAUUCUGCUCUUACUCCUGGUUUUUCUCUACUCAUUGAAUGCAGCCUCACGUUAGAGAGGGAACUGUCCUGCUGACUGCAGCAAGCAGGCGCUGCAGAAGGAGGGGACACUACUCAUCAGCUCCCAUUGCUUUCAUUGGUGAUGCCAGGCCUUGCAGUCACAUCUGUGAGUUCUGCAGGAGGGUGGGAAUUCCAUUCAGUUGUAUUGAUGUAGGCAUGUAGUCCAACCUUUGUGUUUUCAUCAGCCUUUUUCUCACUUAAAACCCUUUUAAUUGAACCCUUUUUGUUAUUCUUGAGCAUGUUUCCUCCUGCCCUCCUUCAUGUCCCAAGUUAAAAAUCACCAUUAAAAGUUUAAAAGAUAAUUGCAUAUUUUUAUUGCAUGCUGCAGGCAGAGCUCAAAGGUUGAGAGGAAAGAUGUGCCAAACUGGGGUUUCUCUGAGAGGAUUUCCUUUAUGAUGGAGCAUUCUGAAUCCAGCCAAUUCUUCAGCCAAAUUUUCUUUGUUAGCCUUCAUUAUAGAAUGUGACCAGUUAAUUCGUGAAGAAAAUGUGGCCUUUAAUUUUUACUCUUAGGUUUUUCCCUGUUGGCUUUCAAACCAAUGAUGUUUCUGAAAUGUUGAGAUGCAGAUGUGUUUCUGUGUUUUCUUCCAGGGCAUGAGCAAUGGCAGCACUGCAGGUCCUCAAAUGAGUGCAAGAUGAUAAUGUUUUACAGAAAAACCUUUGUUGGUGAACAAUUAUGUAAUCAAUUUCCUAGAUUCCUUUUUGCAGAAAACAAUAUUUUUCUUUGUGUUUUGAGGAAGAACAAAAUAGUGGUUUUGACAUCUUCAGAAAUUAAGGUUUUCAUGUAAAACUUUCUUGAAAAAAGCCCCAACCCAACACUUUAGUUUUAUAAUGAAAGUAAAAGAGCUUGAAGUCACAGUGAAAUAUUCUGCUCCCAAAUUUCUUCUUGUUUGAUGCACUGGAAAUUACAUUUUCUGAGGUAAUGAAGAACAAAUUGUGUUGUAGCAGGAGCCAAACACUCUUGUUCCAAACAGAAGGUUAUUUGUACAACCUGUGUGCUGGAGUGUGCCAGGAAGUGUGUGAGGAAAGAGCAGUGACACUCCAGAUGCCACACUUUACCAAUCCUUCAAUUUUCAGGUUUUUUGAAUUGCAAAGUUUAUCUUGUGUUUUGGAUGGCAUAAUACAGAUCCAGAUCCAACAAGCAGUCUGUCUUCAGUGGCUUGAUAAAUUGUUCUUAAUUUUCUGGAAUAGGUUAAUUUCAUUUAGGUAAGGAAAGGCAAAAAAGCAGGCUUUUCAGGGUGCUGCCAAAAAGAAGAUUAAGUCAGCAUCAAGUCCAUUAGUCAACCGAUUUAUCUGUGUUGGCUAACACCAUUUCAACCUCUUUGUCUUUAUUUUUUUUUUUUUCCCUUAGAUGACAAUUUAGGUAACUCAGAAUUUAACUGUAUUGCUGUAUUGCAUGGUGGUUGCUCUGCAUAAAACUAUGUUUACUGCCCUCUUAAUAUUUUUUAAAUCAGAUUUUGUUUAGUUUUAUUUUUUCAUGGCAACUUUUUCUUCUUCUGUGAAUGUACCAUUUCUUUGUAAACUAAUUUCUGGGACUAAUCAUUGUUGUAGGCUACUGCAGAACAUGCCUGUAGUAGAAGUUGCCUCUAUCAAUUGCGCAUUUUUAUGUGUCCAUCAUUAUUCAGUGCCAGCUCUUGAGUUUCCUUUCAGGAUACCUGCUCCAGGCUCCAUGGUGUGCUUGCUUGGAGUUGUCUUGGCAGCCUUUGUUUUCCUCAUUUUAGUUUCCUUUGACAGAGGAUUGGAGAUUCCUCAUAGACAGAGGUUCUGGUGUCACUUGAAGUCCAACCAGUGAUGGAGACUUUUUUCACCUUUGGAAUAUUUCUAACAUGUCCAUCUUUUGAGGAUUCCUUGCUAAUUCCCUGGUGUUAUAUUUUUCAAAUUCUUCCAAGAAACAUGUAUGCCAGCUAUUGUCCCUGCCUUUGCUGGUGUCGCUGAAGCCAUUAGGGAUUUAGAGGAAGAUAUGGGUUUAGAGGAGACUUCUGCUAAUAACUUCUUGCCCAUAAUGAGUUUUCAUCUUCUAACCUGAGACAUUGAAGGUGAGUUAGUUUUACUUGAAGUCAGCAGCAACCUCUCAACAGGAAAUGUUCCUCUGGUACCAUGGUGGGGGAAUGACUCCACAGAGCUGGUGGGAAGAGUGUUGCCUAUGGAAUUUAAAGUUGCAUGUGCUGCAUUCAGCAUUUCUCAUCUAAACUACUCUGGGUGUGGGGGAUUGUGGGGAACUCCAGGACUGAUAAACAGGGAUGUGCUUCUGCCAGUUAUAUCCCACUUCUUUGGUUGUCCUUGCGUGUCGCAGGCCCCUGAGCCCGCUCUGCACAGCGCUGUAUGGAGCGAAGUGCUCAGUGUGGGAGGACUCCCGAGAGCAGAAGGUGAGCUUGUUGGAAAUGUUUCAAUUUCUAUUCUGCUUUCCAGUCAAUGACAUCCUGGUACUUGUAGGUAUCAGUGAAUCCACUGGAGGCAGAUCUUUUGCUGGCAGAGCAGGAAGCUGAAACAUGCAGAGGCAGCGGUUUGCUCAUGCUGCCUGGCGAUUAACUGGAAAAGUCCUUGCUUGGAACAAGAAUGUGUCUCUUGUUUGUCCUUACAUUCAGUUCUCCAAUAUAAGACUAGUUCUUACUAAUUAAAUGCAGAAUUACACAGUGCAAUCACCUUCUGUCCUCUAAAGAAAUAGAGAACAAAACCUGUCAGCACUGCACUCUCCUGCUGUGGGAUAAUCUGGAACUGGCUGUUGGUUAUGUACUUAAUUUGUUUGGUUUGCCAGUGUUUAUUAGGAGCCUGAUUGAAGCAAAAUCAUCCUGUCCCCUCUAGAAAUCAGCAUCCUUCUUGCAAAAUGUACAGCUUGGCUUGCAGGAUACUUUUUAGCCCCAAGUAUUCCCUGUGGUUUCUGUGGUACCUCUACCAAAACAACUCCAGGUGUGACUAGUGUAGUUCUUAAUACAAUCCUGUUCCCCCACAAUCCCAGCUGCUUUCACGGUGUAGUCACCAGUGCCAUGUCAUCAGUGCCUGGUGGCAUAGAGAAUUUGGGAGUGCUGAUAGGUGGUGACAGGUAUGGCUUUGACCUCUCUGGUAGUCUGUUCCAGGAUGGCACUGCUGCUACAGGCCCAUCAGCAUCCUCCAUGUUGAAUGCUUGCAUGUUAUAAUGGAAUAUUGUAACACCAAGUGAACAGCAGUAAAAUUCAGUCUGGUAAGAUUUAUUACUUUAAUAUUGAGGGUUUAAGCUGAUACCAGAUUAACAUAUUCAUAGGGUUUUAGGAACUGCUUGGGUAUUAACUGCUUCCUUUUAAACUGAAAACUUUGCAAGGGUGUCGCAUCUCUUCUGCGCUAAUGACUCAGUCUGUCUUUGUAAGAGGUUGAAUUUCUUUACAUGAUGUUUUGAGACUAAAUAUGAAAGAGGGGAAAUGGCCCUUAAUUUUAACAAGUUCCCAUUUGGUUUAACAGCUGCUGUGAGAUCUCUCUUGUCUUUUUGGCUGUGUUUGCCACUUUGGCAGUGUGUUUCUGGUUGUCAGAGUCAUACAGAGUUCUAAUGAAGUGCAACACUUUUUUCUUUUCCCUACAGCUGUUAUUUGUCAUUUGAUAUAACUCUGCCUUGUGAGAGUUUCAUUCCUGAAUAGAUGAUAAAAGGACAGCUAGUAUCAGAAGGCAGUGCUGGCAUGAGAGUUUCUGCUUUGUUGCUAACAUAGAAGAAGCCAUUGCUCUCCUUUUAAAGGAUGUGUUAUGUGGCUGAAUUUGGGAAAACCUUUCAACUCCUGAGGGAGCCAAAGCCAGCCUCUUCCCCUGUUCUCCCCCUGCUGCUGUCCUGUCCUAAUUAGCAGUUAAACUCCACGCCCUGUGCUCCCAGUGCCAAGACACUGACUUCUGGCAAUCACGGGAGGUUUGUUUUUCACUGCAGUGCAGUGAACACUGUGUGUUUCUGCACUGUGCUCCCAGUUGAGGGCUGUGAGCCCUGCUGAGUCAGCAGACAUGGCCCAUGCUCCUUGGGGCUCAUCCUCCUCUGCCCCAGAGCGGGGAGACGUGGCAGCCAGGGCUGGGUGAUGUGAUGGCCUGGGCACGGUGUGACCCUGGGGAGGCUCUUGGGUGGUCCAGACUGGAGAGUUUGCUGCAAGAGCUGGGCUCUGUUAUUUUGGGUAAAUCUGUUAUUGAAGCUGCAAAUCCUGGUUCUGCUAACUCUGAUGUUACAAAUGACCCCCCGAUUCCUUAGAGUACAUACAGAACUCAUCUGAGCUAUUUCAGUGUUAGACGUUUCAUGUGUCUGUUGUACAAGGAUGGUCCUGAUGGGUUGAUGGUGACUCCCAUACUCUCAGGAUCUUUCUUGAGCUACCUAAAUGAAUGUGCAACCAACACUGCUGUGCUCCCAUGCCUGACAGGGAAAUACACACCAUAUCAUUGCAUGCUGCCAGCUCUGCUUGGGAAGCAGAGACUGUUUGCUGGACUCUGCUCAUUAAUGUGCAAAGCUCUCAUCCAUUGCCCGCAACGUGCCAAGCAAAUUUUUGGACAUAAUUUCUGCAAAGCUCUUCAUAAUGCACACUAACCUUGCCUUAUGUCUCCCUGUCCUCUCUGUGUUUCUGUGCUUUUGGGGUUCCCUUUGAAGGAGGAGGUGGGAAACAUGCUAUGAGUUUUCGUUCCGUAUCGGAUAUGUCUGUGUUACACUGCUGCUGAGGACUAGAAACCCUCAUCCUUUCUAACCCUGCCAAAUCAACCCCCUCUUAGUAAAGUAUCUUUAAUGAUACAUGAUAUUCCCACUGCCCUGAAGAUUUCAUGCUGAAUGUAUGGCAUUGGUAUUUGUUACAAAUACUUCUCCCUAGAAGACUCUGUAUUAAGCCCACGCUUCAUUUAAUCCUUAAAACUUCUCUUACUUUGGAGUUAGUUCAUAAACAAAAUUACUUUACUGGGGACAGAUAACAACAUGGGGUUUCAGCAAUUAAAUGAAAAGUAGCAGGGAAUCCUAAGGAGAGGAAAUGGAGGGUCAUAAAUGGCUCUGAAGAGACUUGAAGGCAGGAAUUAAUAUCUUAUGCUUAAUGAAUGACAGCUCUUCAAAAAAUGCUGUUAGAUAAAGCAAUAUAGGAGGGGAGAAGAGGACUUUUCAGAAAUUGCAGAGACUGAUAGAUGGUUUUCCUUUUAGAAAUUUAGCAAACUUGACCAUUUCUCUUGUCUUUGGAGAGGGUGGCAAAUGAAAGCAUGACCUCUAAAACUGACAGAAAUUCCAACACUUCAGGAGCAAAAGGCAGUGUGAAAAGCUAUAGCUUUUCCCUCUAUUUUGCCCCUGCCGGAGGAGAGAUCUCACUGACUGAAGGAGCUGAGUUAUUUCUUUGUUUCUGAGUUUACUCAACCAGCACAUGCAUAAAGCUUUUUUUUUUUUUUUUUUUAAUGGUAGCCAGUAGGGUGGAAGGUAGCUUGGAUUUGAGUUAGGGCAAUGUACUUAUAGAAAUCAUAGAUUCAUUAAGGUUGGGAAAGAACUCUAAGGUCAUCAAGUCCAACCAUUAGCCCAGCACUGCCAUGUUCUCCACUGAGCUAUAUACCCCCCUGUGCCACAUCCUCACACUUUUGGAACACUUGAAGGGAUGGAGAUUCCACCAUUUACCUAGACAGCCUGUUCCAAGUGAAGAAAGGCUCCUCCUUGUCAUUAGUUUUUAAGACCUGUGGCUGAGGGGGAUGAUCAUUAGACCUCCCAGGGUCCCUCCAACUCUGUUAUUGCUGAUUGGUUUUAUAGUCACACCCUUGGCUAUACAAACAUGGAGGUAGAGAACAAAUUCUCCUUUACCAACCUCCAACUGGCUUGAAAGGUCCACUCAGGAUUAGCAUUAAAGGGCUGCAUGCAGCCCUCAUCUCCUGGGUUCCUGAUGGGAAUCGUGAGGCUCAAGUGAACACAUUACCACUUUGAAGUUUGGAAGUGUGGAUGUGGAUGUUAAGUAGUUUCAGAGAAAAGAAAUGUCUGUGAUUUAUUUCUUGCUGAGAAAUUUCAUUAGGGAGAAAAAGGGAAAGGAGGGGAAAAUUUUUAAGGGGACGCUGAAAGCAUCAUCAAUUGAUGGUGGUUAUACAACUCUAAAAGUAGGCCUGCCCUUAUCACUACAGAUUAGAAAGUAGGACUCAGGGGUAUUCCAGGAUUACGCAAUUUAGCUAAAUACGUCAGAGUUUCUUUGGCUUAUGUGGAUGGCCUUUUUUACAGCAUCUUUUAUUCUUUCUGGAGCUUUAUUUUUCCUUUUUUCCUGAGGGCAAAACAUAGUUUAUAAGAGCAGAAUCCAGCAAUGCUCUUCUCCUGGAAGCUGUUGAUAGCAAAGUGUCUGCCAGCCUCUUCAAGUAUUGUCCACAAGUGUGAGAUCUGCCCUUGAAUGUGUGUAUUGCUGCCUGUAAGUCUGACUACUUACUUCCUUUCAGUAAUUUAGGUGUCACUGUCCCAUGGAGUCUUAUUUGCCUUCAAGCCACUUGGAUAUUAUCCACCACUGGACUCCCACUGAGAUCAGUGUUAGAGCACCGCCACUUGAACCAUUUGUUCACGCAGGCUCAUGCUGGAACACAUUUACUCUGGACUUUACUGCAAGAACAUCUUUUCUCCUUUUAUAGACCCACACAUUGCACCUCAAUGUUUUGUAAGUCAUUAGGAAAAGAACAGUAGCAGAUGCCAUCCAGCAAUACAUUUGGGACUCCCUAGUCCAAGUUUCUCAUAUCAUUGAUCGUUUCUUGUUGUUCAUCCUGUACCCAGGCUUGACAUGAGGUCUGUAAACCCUGUGGAAUAUCUGGAGUGAAACUUUUGCUGGUGUUCUGGGAAACAAUGUUUUUGGACUCCUUUCUUGGAAAAUGAGGACAUGAGAGUUUUUUUUUAUUUUCCAGUAUCUUUAUAUUCUGACUGAACCAACUUUAACUGUUUGCAUUGGACUUUUGCCUAUGUAAUUGUAUCAGAGUCCUAAAGUGUUUCCAGGUGAAAGUAACUCUCAGUUUCCAGUGGGAUUAGUAAAUAGUUAUGAAUGAACCAGGAGGUCCAGAAUAGAUUUUCUUUUACUUUCUUUUCUCCUACUUGCAUGCACUAUGUCUCUCACAGUUCACACAGUCUUGAUGAAACCAUGACAUCUUGGGACUCUUGCUUUGCCUGUCUAUUUUGUAAAGAGUAUUACUCCUCUUCCUAGCAGAUUGUGAAAGCUGGAUGAACAGUACUUCAGGUGUCUCAGCCUUUUUCAUUGCCCUUAGUCAUGCUGCUUUGCUGUCCCUCAUGGCACCAUUUCUCUUCCCAGCCUCAUCUCCACUGCUUCUGCAUACUGUAGCUGUACCUGCUUCGUGCCAAGUUCAGCAUGAGGCCACAGGAGAAAAAAAUGUGGGCUCUAGGGAAUUCUAUGAUCUAAAUCUAGUCAAUGGGUUUUUGUUGUUUGAAAAAAUAUGUUAAGAUCUUCAGAAGAAAAGACAAUCAGUUGGGGCACAGCACUCCCUGUAAGGCAUACCAGGACUGUGCUGUAGCCUACAACUAGGCUAUCACCUUGGACAUAAUUUGGAUUCAAAUUAUGUUUCUUUUUCCUAAGUCUAGUGGCAAAUGCUGUGCAGAAGCACAGGUGAUUAUCACCUUGCUACUGCCCUAACACCCAAGCCUUCAUUUAGGUGACCUAGAAUUGGUUCUGAAUGAGUUAAACACUAAAUGGCCUUCAUCAACGGAAACAUUUUUGUGUGAUGAUUAUUUCUUAGUAGCUUCAUCAUUUCCAUAUGCAAUUCAAAAAAAUAGUAAGGGAAAAAAACCACCUCCCAUUCUCCUCAGCUAAGCAGGAAGAGCUGGGACUGGAGAGAGACUCAUGCUUGGUAUGUCAAGGCUGGGAGACCAAGACAAGUUGUUAAUUGUGGCAGGGUCGCAUCUGCUCCUUUGCAGUGGAUGUCCGUGGUUGUAGUGACUGGUGCUGGCACUCGGUUUAGUCAACAGACUGUACUGGUGAGGCACAAGGAGGAGCAGGAGCACCUCCCAGGCUCAGCUGUGGUGGUUCAACAGGGCUCUCCCAGGGCAGUCAGACAAGAUUUUUAACACUGAAAUGGGCUGUGUGUUCAUAUCUGACUGUAUGCUCUGCCUGACAGCUGCCUAGGAAUUGGUUGCUUGCACACAGCUCCUUUCCGGGAGCACGCUUUGACCAACACCAAUAGCAAAAGAACAUUACUAAAUCUAUUAAGCCUGAGUUGACAGAUUUUUUUUUUCUAGAAUAGUAACAGAUGGCAAAUGGUGGUGGUACAGCUGCUAGGACUGGGAGAGGAUGGAUGUUGGUUUGUCAUUUCAGUGGAUGCUGGCAAUAAUUCAUAUUUAUAUUUAUACAGGGUCUUUCCUCUUUGAGAACACUUUACAAACAAGGUGAUAAAUAAUGGGCCUGGAGUUAACGUGGGCUGGUAGAGCUCAUCCCUGUGCCUAUGUGGCCGGUGUGGGAGGGUAAGGGCAUUGGCCUGUGCUUCCUACACAGCCUGGAUGUGGAUGAGGCAGCUGCUUUACAUAACGUAGUGCCACUCAGCAGGGGUUUCAGGCAGAAAAGGAGGGUAGACAGCUGGAAUUCAGGGGGCAACACUGGCAUCCAGGGUGUCAGGUGCUACUUUGGGUACGUGGACUGACCUCUGGCUGUGUGGAGUUUUGUGUAGACUCUUCCCAAAGACAUCUGUGUCCCACAAGAAGCUGCCUUAGGGAGUAGGUAGCCACCAGCUGUGCUGUCCUUGCGGAGUCAGACAUGGCAGCCGGGGCUCUGCACAUCACCUGGCACUGGCAGAGGUGCUGAGGCUCCCUCUCACUCUGGGCAAGUUGUGGGGUGGCCCCGAGGCCCUCUUGACUCUGACACUUGCUCUCCAUCAGCCUUGCUGGGAUGUGCUGUGAAGGCAGGCAGUAUUUCCAGGCCCAUCUUUAGUCCAAGAAUUUGGAGUUCAUACAAGAAGGAAUCAAGAUUUUGUGUGCGUUGGCUCACUAUCUCACAGUGAUGAGUUUGGUGGAUAUAACAGUGAAAUGACCGAAAUCUGGGGCUCAUAAGCAAAAAGGGCUUUUUAGCACUUCUUUUGUAUUUAUUAGGAGCUGGAUCAAGACCACCACUUACUCCUCCAUUACUAGCAGAUUCAGUUGCCAUAAUUGCAUUCAUGAAAAACAUCCCACUAACAAGAGCUAAGUAUAGAAAUCCAUAAGAAUUACAGCACUGUGGUUUUCUCUAAUUUGAAGGGUCAGAACUUCCAGGAAAACACAGGAAGAAAUCAUUAAAAGGCACUUAAAUGAACAUUAAAUGGCAUUUUAGAAACUUGAAAAAUGUUGAAGGCAAUAUCUUUGUGGUCAGCUUGUCUGUUGCAGACCUCGUGGUUGCAGUUUAUCCGUACCCUCUGAUCUUAAGUGCCAUCUUCCACAAUGGAUGGACCAUGGGAAACCUGCACUGCCAGAUAAGUGGGUUCCUGAUGGGCUUAAGUGUCAUCGGGUCCAUUUUCAACAUCACGGCGAUCGCAAUCAACCGCUACUGCUACAUCUGCCACAGCCUUCGGUACGAUAAGCUCUUCAACCUGAAGAACACCUGCUGCUAUCUCUGCCUGACCUGGAUACUCACGGUGGUGGCAAUUGUGCCAAACUUCUUUGUUGGCUCCUUGCAGUAUGACCCCCGGAUUUACUCCUGCACCUUUGCCCAGACAGUGAGCACGUCGUACACCAUCACAGUGGUGGUGGUUCACUUCAUCGUCCCGCUCUCCGUUGUGACGUUUUGCUACCUACGGAUCUGGAUUUUGGUGAUUCAAGUCAAACACCGGGUGAGACAAGACUGCAAGCAGAAACUCAGGGCAGCUGACAUCCGAAACUUCUUGACUAUGUUUGUGGUUUUUGUCCUUUUUGCUGUGUGCUGGGGACCAUUAAACUUUAUUGGCCUUGCUGUUUCAAUUAAUCCUUCAAAAGUGCAGCCACACAUUCCAGAAUGGCUUUUUGUCCUGAGCUAUUUUAUGGCCUAUUUUAACAGCUGCCUCAAUGCUGUGAUAUAUGGGCUUCUUAACCAGAAUUUUCGGAAGGAAUACAAAAGGAUAUUGCUGACACUGUGGACUCCCAGGCUGCUGUUCAUUGAUGUGUCCAAGGGCGGGACAGAAGGGAUGAAAAGCAAGCAUUCUCCAGCCAUAACAACCAACAACAACCACGCUGAAAUACACCUAUGAGUCAGGACAGUACUAUUUAUUCUGGAUUACAGUUGUAUAUAUAAUAUAUAAGAGCCUUUCUAGCUGUGUGCAUUGCACAGCUAGUGUUGCCCUCAUGCAAGGAAGGAGUCUGCAAACUUUCAUGCUUAGCUUAUCGCUGUGACAUCAAGGCUUUGAAUAAGGAUUUUCAGAACAGAAAUGACUGAUCUUUUUUUUUUUAUAUGUCAUCUUUCACUGUGUGCCUAAUUAAUCGGUUUGGUUGCUUUUGCCACAAGCAUGCCAAUACCCGAAAAGGGAAGCGUUCAGAGUGCAUGGAGAAAUGCAGUUAUGCUUGAAAUGCAACCUUCAAGAGACAGCAAAAUUGCUAUUUAUUACACACAAACCUUUUCCCCUCCCUCUGAAUUCUAUUUUUCUAGCAUUAACUUAACCUGAACUGUAUCAAACAAAGUGUAAACUGCAUGGCUUUUUACAUUAUAGAUAGGUAACCGUAUUAGCCAGCAGGUGUAUGUAUGGGCAUGGUGUGCGUUUUCCUUUUUCUUUUCUCUUAAGGUUUAGGAGCUAGCCUGGACUAGAUGUGAGGCAGGCAGAAGCCAGACCAGUGUGUGUCUGAUGCACUCAUUUUAAUUGAGUAUCGACAGACAUUAAGUACCCUUGCACUCUCCCUCCCAGGCCAUGAGUAAGUAUAUGACAUAUGAUAAAAUCUAAUUGCAGAAAGAUACUUGGAGCCUGAUUCUAAUUUAGGCAGUAUCCUGUCAUGGCCAGCAGUCAUUCCAAACAUCUUUCAAAAGUCACUGCUACAUGAACAUCACAAUAAAAAAGAUGAACAUAGCAGAGUCCCAUCUGUGUAACGCAGAUUGCGACUUUUAAGUUUCAGUAACAUUUACACGUGCAGACAAAGGCAGAAGGGGAAGGCAGUGUUUUUACAAAAAUCCCUUCUUUUGCCCAUCACAGAACAUGAAUUUGCUGAUGGGAGAAAAAGCGGAGAUUUUUUCUCCGUUUUAUUCACGUACAGAACUGUAAUUAACUCACGGAGAGGGGAGACGAAAGCUACUUAAGCAUAAUUAUGCAUCACUUCUCAUCAAGCCUGGACUGUGCUAUCUGUGUCAUUGGAAACAAUGUCAUGAAGUUCUGGGGAGGCCAGUAUCGCAUUAGACAUAAGCACAUGGGCAAAGAUAAGGCUGUUUCUUUAAUGGAGUAUGAAAGGGGGGUGUGUGUGUGUGAUGGCAUCUGUCUGUAGAUAUGACUUCGUUUCCUUAGCUUGAUUGUGAAUUCAUCUCUUUAUGGCUUUAAAUGUGGAUCCUGCUUUGAAAAAUUCCCAUAAAAUGAACAGUUAAGAUUCCCCUGGUGCAGCUCCACCUUCAGGUUAGCCCCCCUGCCGGUGUGCUGAGGGGCACAGCAGGGAGAGGGGCAGGUCUUAGCCCUGGGGGUCUAACAAGGACAGCAGGCAGCCAUGCCCCUGGUCAAGGACUGCAGUCUUCUCUCUUUGGUUCUAGUCAAGGCAGGACUAGUUCCCAGCACUGAGCCCUGAAAGACCGAGACCAGACUUCUAGGUGCCUGGAGAUGGAGGUAUGUAGGAUUUCCCCAAAGCCUGAGCAGGCAGUGUGCCUAAUCCUUAGUGACAAUAGUAAGUCAUUCAUGUACUGCUCUCUGAAACCAACUUGCUGCUGAAUGUCCCUUCUGCUGAUUUUUUUUUGGGGAAGAGGAAUUGAGAGAAAUUAAGGCUCUUUCUGAAGUGGGCCAAAGAACUUUGCGUGCUGCGUUGCCUCCAUGAGGACUGAGUGUCUCUUCUGCUGCUGCUGCCAUGUGGUGAAGGUCACUGUAGUAACAGGGGGGCCUGCCUUUAUAGGGUGCCCUGGCACUUAGGAAGUUUCAAACUUGAACAUCUCAGCCACUUCAGAUGAAUGUUGUUUUAAAAUGCACUGCAGCCAGCCUCCCAUAAUAGGAAUCAAACUCAGUUCUGUUUUGGCCUCUUAAUCUGUCUCAGCAUGGCCAAAUAAAGGUAUUUUGACCCUCAGAAAUAACUGUUGUCUGUUCGCCUUCCAGAAAAACCACCCUGGAUGAAUUCACACCAUUCCAUGCAAGCAAAAUCAUUUUGAGUUAAACUCGGAUAAGAAAAACACUGAGGGCACAUAACUGCAGGGAGUGUUUGUCCCAUCACGCCUGGGAGAUGUCCCGUGUUCCAUGACUAGUCUUCAAAGUCAUUUGCAAUUAGCCACAACAGUGUAAGUUAGAAUCACAUUAGCAAAUAAUUUGAAGCAUCUAGUGCCAAGUGAAAUAAUACUGCUUUAAGACAAUUGUGAAGAAUCUUGUGCAAGUUUGCCAAAUAUCUCAAAUACUCCAAAGCUGGGGUUUCAUCUUAGGGAUUCUUGUCUUUUUAAUGGAAUGUUCAGUGGAGGUAAUGUUGGGGGGUUUUUAAUUAUUAUUUUAUUCUUUAAGCUUGUAUUUGCACUAUUUCUUAUUCAGGCUCCAAAGUUAACAGCCAGCAAGUAUUUGAACCAAACCAAGUCCAAAGAGGUCCUGAACAGGCAAGCUAUGAGAGUCCCUUCUCCACCUGGCAGGAAUGGGAGCAGCAGGAGCACAAUAGGGUGUCCCCCCAGGACUCACAGAGUCACCACUCAACCAAACUAUGCAAAAUGAUCUGCUCGUCUUCUGCCACAGGGUCUGAGCCCGGCUGCUGCCCAGAUCUCUGCAGGGGACAGGCAAAGUACCUUCUGUGCUGGGGUGGGUCUGAGCAGCUCCCUGCAGCGCAGACCCCGCAGGCUGGGGGUGGCUCUGGCAGCACAGGGUGCACAGCCCUGGCACGACCUGUUCAGCAGGGCUCUAGGUGUCCCAGGGAGGUGCCAGGGCUGGGCUGAUUCAGCCACCAUGGUUGGAGGCUUGAGCUAAAUCCUGCUGGAGCUAAGGUUUGCGAUAUGAACCGUGGAAAGCAGGGAAUGUAGCCUCAAACAGGAAACACUGUGCUGUUUGUUAGCACUUUGAGAGAGGCAGCGCUUAGGAUAGGAUGGAAUUUUAUAUUGACUUAUUAAACUACCUGAGCAGCUCCUUCUUUUUAUGUUAGGAAAUGGUUAACAGGGUACAGAGAGUUUAUUUUUGUUAGCAUUUGUUUACAGAAAAAGGGAAGUGUGUUUUAGCUGAGAAUUCUGAGCAGUGUCACAGUUUCCCUAUGGGAAUCUAGCUGUAGUCCAAAUUUGAGAUUUCAGUGAGAUCCUACAAUUUUAAUCACAUUUUGCCAGUUCCACCUGUUGCAUAUCUGGCCUUAAGUCUCAUUGAGAUCUCAUACAAACUAGUUUCAAAUCACUUGCUCUGGGUUUGAUAUGGUGUGUCAAAUACCUAUUCUAGUCCCAAGCUCUAAAAUUGUUGUAGUGGAAACUUGUGGAGAGGCAGUAUUGCUGUGAAGAAAGAUGAAUCUCUUGCCACAAAGAAAUAUUUUUGGAUGUUGCUAAUGAAUGUUGUUUCAUCAAUUUAAGAAGAAUGUAACCAAUAUAUUUAUAUAUAAAUGUGUAUUGCAUAUGCUGUUUCCAUUUUAAUGUUUAAUUGAGAAUCCUUCAGUAUACUUUCCUAUUGCCAUUUUUGUUCAUAAAGUAGAUUAAUUCCCUUUACCUGUUAAAAAUAUAAUAAAUUUGCCAUUGGACUACUUACUGGGUUUUUUUUUUCCUCCACUAGCAGUUACUUUUUA